AUGACGCCAUGGUCGCGUGCACCGCACUUACACGGACGGCGCCGCGCGUGCACCUCACGGCGCCAGCUCGGAGCUCGUGGCUUCACGGUGAUGUCGGUGCCGCGUGAAGGUGAUGUGGCGGAAGCACAGAACCUCGUGGCCAGCAUUCGCGAUGGAAGCUUCGCACGAGCUCAGGUGACCGAAGAGGUGAAGAACCUCCGGAGAAGCGCCAGCAGCUUGCAGGAGCUGACGGCGGUGGCCAAGCGCUCGGGCGACCUCGGGCUUUGGCAGCAAGGGCUGAAAGUCCUGGAGGAGGCCCAAGAGCUGCAGUUGACUCCUGACAUGAUUCUCUACAGUGCCAUCAUGAGCGGUUGUGAGAAGAGCCACCAAUGGCAGCAAGUCUUGGCGCUUUGGACCACUGCGACCGCAGCCUUGGCGCCCAACAGCGCUGCGGUCACGGUGGCCUUGAGCGCUUUGGGCCGUGGCUCACGUUGGCAGGAGGCCAUUGAGCUGGGCCAAUCACAGCAGCCCAACGUGUUCAUCCAGAAUGCCAUCAUCAGCGCAUGUGAGCGAGGUCAGCAGUGGGAGCAGGCAUUAGGCAUCCUGGAAAGCAUGAGAGAGACAGACAUCGUCUCUUUCAAUGCCGCCAUGAACGCCUGUGAGAAGGCUCACCAAUGGCAAGCAGCACUGCAGAUCUUCCAAUCGAUCAGUCUGCCCCCCACGGAGAUCACCAUGAAUACCCUCAUGAGUGCGUGCAACCGAGGCUCCCAGUGGGCUGCUGCGCUGCAGCUCCUUGGAGAGAUGACGGUGCGACAGUUGGUGCCGACGUUGGUCUCGCAGACCUUGGCGAUGGCAGCUGGUUUGAAAGGCAGCUCUUGGGCGGCCGCACUGCAAGUGUACGACCAGCUGCCAUCAUCAGCGCGGGAGCGCCCAGCGGUGCGGACGAUGGCGAUGCAAGCCUUGGGUGAGGCAACAGCGUGGCCCGAAGCCCUGAAACUCCUGCAGCUGCAGCACCGGCAGACCGAUCAACUGUGCCUCAAUGCAGCGAUGAGGGCGCUGGAGCUCAGCGGCGAGUGGUGUCAAGCCCUUCAGCUGCUGGAGGAGAUGGUUUCGCUGAAGCGAUUUCAGGAGGUCGUGCCGCUGACCAUGGCCAUGGGCGCGUGCAAGCGCGCCAGGGAAUGGGCGGCGGCCCUUUGGGUGCUGCAGGACUUGAUGCCAGCGCUACAGAUCGAGCCCACGGUGGCCUCAAUGAGCACCGGUCUCUCAGCUCUUUUGCAGGCUGGUCGAGGUAGCCACGCUUGGGACCUUCUGCAGGCGCCGUGGUCGACAUCGGAAGGGUAA